AUGGAUACUUCACAGGAACGGUUUGAAGAUCAGUUUCAUAAACUGCUGAUCGAAUCUGAAGAAGAAAGCGAGGGACAACAGGAUGAGACCGCAGGCGAAUCACAACAAUUAGACGAAGAUCCUGACCUUAAAAGUGAAUCGGAAUCCUUUGAUGAACUUGGAAUGUUCCGCCAUCCUGUCGACUUCUACAAUCUGUUUCUUGAUGCUGAUAUGAUGGAGCUCGUUGUCACCGAUAUGAACAGAUACGGCCAGCGAAGAGCGGUGAAGCUUGGAACUUCCAAGAUACGACGACGACGGAGUACGGAACGAGGAAAUUCUUCGGAAUCUGCCUUCAAAUGGGAAUCGUCAAACUACCAUGAAUGCGUGAUUACUGAUGCCAGCGACCAGCUCUAG